GUGCCGUCUCUCCGCCGCAAAGGACGUCUACGCUUCACCUCGCGAGGAUACAGAGCGUGGCAACGUUUCUCUACAGCACCGCGCUACCACUUCAGUUUCACUGAAAGCAGAAAAAUGACGGCCUUCCAAGGAGUCGCACUUAUGGUUUCCUUUAUGUUCGUGCUGGUGUCUGCAGUACCUGAAAAGUGCCACAUCCCGGAUGAGGAUUGGGAAGUCCUGGCCGAGCGAUUCCUGGCUCAGAUGCCAAAUGAAUACAUAUUCCCUAGAGGCUCAAACAACUCGUCAAAAAGCAACGAAGUACUGCCUGGCGUCACCACUGGUGAGAUGACCCUAGCCGGCCUCUCCCACUUGGAACGAUACGGCACCGUACGUGUGUACUGCAAGAAUGGCAAGCCUCUCGUUAGCGUAAGCAUGGUGGCCCGGGCCCCACUGCAGAUCUCGGUGCCUUGGAAGUACUGCGGUGGCAAGUCCGGAGUCGUGGCCACGACGGCGAAACACGUCAAGGUGUGCGUCAAUUUCGAGGUGGAUGAAGUCGACAACAAGCUGUCCCUUCGGCCAGUCCGCGUAUCUCCAAAAUGGAUCGAAACGAUGGAUGUGAAACUGGAAGGUGCGGGAGACGUCAUCAAGACGGUCGCGUCCGUCAUGGGGAAGCUGAUGCCAGCAUUCGUCAAGGAUUUCUGGAUUGAGAACCUGCCCUGGAGAAUGCACAAGGUCCUCGAACAGAUUAGGAAGUAAAUGGAGACGUACUGAUGUCACACUCACACCCAUUUGGAUCCUACAGAUCCAGCAAGUCAUUCCCGGAAUUUCUGUUCAUGCAGUAAAUUUAAUUUGAUUUUUGUUUGCCUGAAUAAAGGAAGAGCACUAUCUCUAGAAUGAAAUAAAUAUAUAUGACAAACAUG